AUGGCCUCAAUGGAUUUACCAGCUACUUAUUAUGGAAAAGUUGACAAAAGAAACCCGGUCAUUGUGUCUUUUGAGCGAGACAUUAAUUCUUUUAUGACUGUUAUGAAACGAGUAGCGUCGUCCACCUGCCAAGACAACGUCUCUUAUGCUAAAGGGAUUACCCUGCUGGCAGAAAUCUGGCGAAAUUUCAAACCCCGUCUGCCAUUUAAAUUGUACCAGGAGCGCAUGUUACAGAUUGGAGAUUUUCUCACUGGAUUAAAGUUGUACCAGACGGCUCUCUCGCAGGGCUACAGCCUGCACCUGCUUCAGUUCUGUUCAACUAGUAUAACGGACAUCACAGAUGUAAACCAUUUUAUCAGCUGCUUCUUCCCUGAAGGUUUUGAUACAGAUCAAGAUGUCUUUAUCAUGAAGGUCCGCUCAAUGCUGGGCUGUGCACAGUGCAUAUUUGAGUUGGAGAAAAGGCCCAUGGUCCUCAGCCAGAAGGGGCUUUCGAAACUGCUGCAUGUGCUAAAUUUCAUCAGGAUAAUGAUGCAGGCAUUUCAGCAGAACAAGCACCUCUGCUGGAUAAUUUAUAAUGGUACAUUGCACAUUUUUAAGAUGUGUAGCUAUCUAAUGGCAUUGAAUCAUAGUGCAAAGGCGUUGGAGUACCUUCUGUGGGCGAGUCUGACAUUAGAGUCAACCAUGCCUAGCAUGACUAUUAAACAUCUGCCAUGGCUUGUCAAACUCUACUGUGCUGUCUGUCAUUGUUACUAUGACAACCUGUCGUCUCUUCGUGCAGAGGAAUUUGCCAGGAGAGCGCUUGGAAAAAUCAACGACCUUGCAGAGCAGGAGAAGGAUAAGGAGAAUAGUCAUCCUUCAAACAAAGAGACACAAAUGGCCUUUAGGGAAGCCUCCAUCAAGCUGGCUGCCAUUAUGUUCAAGCGUGCUGUGUUUGAGACCAGGAGGAAACCCAAACACAUUAUUACGAUCAAAAGCAAAAUCACUCUGAAGGACUUUCCAAAUAUACCAUGGCCUCGUAAUGCGACAGAGCGAAUGCUGAUGGGCCUCUUUGACAGCAGUGCGUCACAGUUUUUGGGCAUCUGUGAAGCACUCUGGGACAGCUCCAUGCGUCCGCUACAGGCAAGGCUGCCAGAGGAACUGGAGCUGCAAGACGUGGUCCUGGAACUCUUUGCCUCUGGAAUCAGUAUAUUAUCUGGAGCUGCGACUACUACCGAUCAGAAACGUCACGAACAGUCCUGUGUACCUCUCAGUGCGCUGUCCACGACGUCAACUCUGAUGGAAUUAGCUGUUGCAGGAGAACACAAAGUGCCGGUCAGUGCUGCCGUCAGGUUCAUUAAGAUGAUGAUUCAGUACAAACAACCAGACGCUUUUGCUGAAUAUUCACGAUUGAUGCUGCAGAGUUUGUCUGUUGUGGAAGGUCCUGCAUUCAGGAAGGCAGAAUACGAGCUCUCCUUGAUAAGUGGUUUCAGCACUCUGAAGUCCUGCCACAGAAGGCGCCUUAGAGACGACGGCUCUGGCGAGAGAUGCAGGGGCUCGCUAGAUGCCAUCAUUGGCCUAACUGAGACUCUGCACAGGGCAGUUUGUGAUUCUGUUCCAGAGGCACAGCCAGAAAUAGAACUAGUUUGGCAUGUUUUACUAUUUCUAUGGGGUAAGCUGAAAUUGGCCAUAAUGAUGGAUCAGCUGAAAAACCCGGAAUUCACACAAGACCACGACAAGUGGGCGUGGUGCCUAUCCAUGCAGUGUGAGGUGGCUUUUGCCUGUGACCUGGCAACAGUUGACUGCAUAAAGACAGCAGAGAUGAUCCAUAGAUUGGUUUUAUUGUUGGAGAGUGCAGCGGAACGGAUUCCAAUGAAAAUCAAAACUGGUGGUGAAAAGAAAUAUACCUUCACUCUGCUGAAGGGGUCACGUAUAGAUCUUCUUCAAAAAGUGUGUACAGUAGUCGAGAACGGUUUCGAGGCUUUGGUCAAGCGUGUGGUCACAUUGAUGCCCCAAGAUGGCGCCGCAUCCCCUGACAUUACUUACCUAUUGAGGGAUGAUGGAAAUGUCAAGAGUGAAAUAUCUGAGAAGCAAAAGGAAGAAAUCGAAUCAGACGCUAAAAGGAAUCGGUCCAACCAGUCAACCCAUACGGCGAUGCUCGCGAUAGACAUUCUUCUUGAACUGGACAUUAUACAUCACAGAGCGUCGCUCAAGUUAAUGCAACUAAAUGCAGUGACAGAAUCCGAUAUCUUGGACAAGAUCAAGAAGAAUAAAGUAUCCAAAGCACUUUUCCUGAUCCAGAAGGCUUUGCUGAUUAAUGAUGGAUGUCAGUCAAAUGAUUCUUGUGUUACCAGGAGCCUACUAGAGGAAGCCUGCAUUUUAAUAGAGAAGGCAGCAAUAGAAGAAAGAAAACUAUACAUCGCCAACAACCCAAAGUUUGCUCUUGAAAACAAAGGCAAAAUAUUGAAGGAGGAAAAAGAAACCCCUCCACCUCGUCCUGUCCUAAUCUCACGCACUUACUGUUCCUUAACCUUUGCUCCCGCUCCAUACCACAUGGAGGAACAAGUGUGCUGGUACCAAUUGUGGGGACGUGCAGCAGAAGGCAUCGACCUAAAAGUACGCUUCGGAGACUGUAGCUUAGCAGGAACUGGAAAUUUGGUACCAGCAAUUUGUGGAGAGUGGCAGCUUAAGGCGGACAAGCUAGUACCCAACCAGAAGUAUGUUUUCGCCAUAGCUGCGUAUACCUGCCAAGGGAAGUUACUGGGCAACGCCAUUGGAGCGACGACCUUCCCGCUGUUAACAUCCAUGCCGAAGUCGCUGCUUUCGUCGUGGGCUCACCUGGCACAGGUGGCAUUUCAAACCAACCAAUUCGACAUUGCAAAGAAAGCAUGCAAAGAAUUAUGGUGCCAUUUUACCCUUCCUGACAAAGGGCCCCACAAAACACAGGAUCGACUUGGUUCAACAGCGCUGCAUAUGAAAUAUCUGCAAUGCUCGUCUCCACUAUUGUGUCAGCUGUUCCUCACGUCCAUCUUCAUCGAGACGGAUAUCAACAUUCAGCAGCAGUCGCUCCAAUGUGACUCGGGUAGCAUCUGUGGACUCUUUGUCUGGAAACAGGAAGCCCGACUAGCUGAAUGUGGACGAUUGCUGGUAGCCAUGGACUUGGCCAUGUGGUUGAAUGACAGCAGUUCUGCCGUUCAAGCAGUUAUUAGCUGUUAUGGCCUCUUGGUUCCGUUUAUCUUUCAUCAGAUCCCUUGCGAUCCUGCAAUCAAGUUGCUGACUAAAUGCUUGAACGUACUAAAAGAGAACGAGGCUCACCUCAAACAAAAAUGGUCCAGAAACACAGUGGAGACCCUCAUGCAUAUGAUUGCCUGCAUCACCAACUAUCUGUCCAAGGCAUUGCGUGCCCUGAAGGAGCAUCACAAGGCCUCCGUGGUGAUAGAAUGCGGUCGUGCUCUACUUCAUGACAUCUUUGAAGCCCAAGAGCGGCUCAUUAGACUUGCUUGCAAACGCUUUUCGACAAAGACGGAAGAUCCAGCUGCAGUAAGGGAAGAAAUGAAAAAAUGUGUUAAAUUGAAGGCACAUUACAUGAAGUUCAAGGAGGUGAUUACAGCUGAAGUAGAUCCUGACAUAGUAAAGGAGAGUUCACCCUCCUUGAGUGGUUCUGAAGAUGUAGCCACACUGCGUGAGCGGAUCAUCACUGGUACUCUCCAGCAUGCUUAUCGAAUUGUGAUGCAACUCGGCAGCCAUUCGAAUUUCAUGGAGAUCUCAUCACUAUUACUUCAGCGAGCCUUGGAAGAAGGAGACCCGGAUCACGUAGUACAAUGGGGUCAAACCAUAUUCGGAUUUCUCGCGAGGAGAGAUGACGAAAUGAUCAUGCCCACCAAAUACACAGAACGAAACACUCAAUAUUCUGAUAAAGAAGCUGAAUCCUGUUCGACAGAAAGUCAAACUUCACAGAAGACGACAAAAAUGACAAAGAAACGAAAGAAACUCAGACGUGGCGCACUUUUGACAGCGAGGACUGUCAGGGAGCUAAAAGCUGUAGAGAGGCUGUUGACCUGCAUGAAUUCUGUAGUGGAACGACACAACAGGCGUCUUCAGUUGAGGAAGAGGUGCUCCGAGGAGAGAGUGUGGCGGUGUCAGAUCAAUUACAGCAUCGCCCUGGCACAUCUUACACUGUUCGGACAGAGCCUACAGCCUUUGUAUGAAGCGUCCCUGCAACCCAGAUACAGCCACUUAAAUCCCUCCCUGUUCUUUCUGGCUAACUCUGGUGUCAUGGUGAAGAAGAACUUAGAAGAACAGCUAACCGCCAUAUGCAAAGUUAGUUCAGAGAGUGACUCAUCACGCACUGAUCUGUCAGAUGACGCAUCCAGCAAAGAGUGCGAUAAAAACGAAGAUACUUCAGACACUGGGGAUAGCUGCGAGGAUGGGGAAGACCAGCCUGAAAAACCAGAGGUGCCCAAAAACAUACCAUUGGACAAACUGGAGAAAGCUGCUUUACAUCUACGCAGGGCCAUGGUUUUGGCCCACCGUGGAGGUCACUGGACAAAUUUGCAGAAAGUGUGUCACACAGUGUGGGAAGAAAGCAACAGAAUUAUUGCAUUAGAGCAGACUGCUUCUCAGUUUCAACCGCCCUUCCUGGUUACAUCAAACGAGUUGCACAAUAUCUUUACCCCUCUGUUAAUACUCGCAACUGAUCUUAUCAUGGACAUGAUGAGCAGACUGGGACUUUGGCGUUUGUACGAGCGCGUAACAGAAGAGGAACAACAGUUCAGUCUCUGUUUCUCAGCCCCAAUGGAUGACUGCACCCAAGUGAACAUGCGGUUUGUCCACGAUUUGGUGUUGCGCACCCUGGAAUUGCUCCACAACACAGGGAAAUGGGAACGCUUGGCACACUUUGCACUCAUUUUCAACUCACAUACCCGAGAACGAUACGCCAUGACAGUAACCCCCCUCCUGGCCUUGGCCCAGAGGAAGCUCCUUGAAAGAAUUUGUGCUAAUGGAGUUGCAAAGGUCCCACAACCACACCAUAUUAAGACUCAGUGGACCACUGGCAAGGAGGUAACAUACAAAAAUUACGCAGGGUGCCAGCUUUUUAGUGGUUGGUUACCUCAGUCUGCCGACCAGGCGUCAUGCACAGUGGCCAACUGUAAGCCGACUGAAGAAACUGAGCUCAUAGAUGCAGAAAUGAAGCGCUCCCAGUUCCUUGUUUGUGUUCCUCUGGAUGUGACAAACACACUGCACUUCUACCGUCAAGCUAUUGAAAGAAUACCCCAUUGCCUUCAAGUGUUCCGCUAUAGCAGAGCAUUACUGUUACUGCUCCUGGCCCAUACACAACCGUGUUUUGAAACUGAGCAAUUCGGCGAGAUCAAAUCAGACCAGAUUGACUUUAACCCGAUGCUUAUGACUACGCCAAGCAUCCAGCCAUGGGACCUGAUUAAUAAAGACUACAUCACUCCGGACACGCUCUACAAUCCACCCAUCAGCUCUGAAUGUACGUCGAGAAUCAUCUCGACAUACUUUGAAUCCACAAAAUAUCUCCAGACCAACAACCAGGAAUCCCUGAGUGUAUUUGCUCUGCAUGAAUUGGGAAACCUACAUUUCUACGACUUAAACACACGGAUGGCACACACUUGCUGGAGUAAAGCUAUAGACGCUGCCUUACACAGCUCAGGGGUGAUCGAUAAAUGGGAUUGGGUGUCAUUUGGCGGCGGCACCCUACAACAAACGCUAAAACAGGUUGGCAUUUGGGGAUGUAUGCAGGCGGCCGUGAUCACUGCUAAAAUUGCACAGUACAUUCUAACUUCAGAUAUCAGCCAGAGAACUAAGCUUUGCCUCUUGUCUGCACACCUUUUCAAGUGUGUGCUGCGCUGCUCCCUGGCUCAUCCCCUGGAAGACCUCCUGUAUGCUUCAUAUAGCGUCGGCGAUGAACUUCUCCCAGGUGUGGACCUUUUCUCAGAACCCCACAGGGCCGACCUCUCCACCACUGUCGCAAGCUUGAACUUCAUCUGCCAAUGGUUGUUCAUUGCGGGCUACUACAUCGAGCUUCUACCCAUGCUGACACUUUAUCAACACAUUGUGGGAACAGUGUGCAGAGACGUUCAACGCAAUGUCGAAAGCAGAAUAAUUAAGAUCCGCGCUUUCACUGAACUAUACUUCUUCUCUGAGGCCAUCAAGGAGACGGAGCAGCUGUCUAGAGGGGCAGGGAUUCUCCUCCCAAAUGGACGCUACAUCGCUCGUGAGUCUCAACAAUCAGAGAAGUUGUUUUGUGACAGCAAGUCCCUCCUGGACAAUGUUCAGGCUUUGGAGGCACUUUUGUGCUGUGAACUUUCUCCUGAGGUCAGCAUGCUAUAUGGAUCCUCUUUGGAGCAAAGAUUCAACCUUGCGCGUGUUCAACUCUGCUUGGCACUGAGUAGUACUGUAAAUGGUCAUCCUGAACCAGUGACAGAUGAUGAAGUGGACCUGGAAGAAAAUGAAGAAGAGGAAAUGGACUCUGAGGAUGUGGAGGAAGUGAAGGAAAAGCCCAAAGUGAAUGAAUUCACAUCCCACCAGACCCUCACUUUGGAAAAGAUAAAGUACCUACUGCUAAAAGCAGCUGCCCUCUUUUUGGACUCGAUAUUGGAGAAACUCCCAUCGCCCUCGUACAGUGAAAUUGAGAACAUGGAACUGAAAAUAGAAGCAAAUCUUCUCAAAGCAAACCUCUACCUGCAGCAAGGACAUGUUGCACAAAGUUCUGAAAUGGCAGUUUCAUCAUUGCUGCUUCUGCAGGACUUCAAAGAAACCAUUCUGGAUUUUCAGAAACCAUCCUUUGAGCUCAUGCUGGCUGAAUCGGAAUCCGACCAGGAAACUGAACAGUGCGUACAGCAUGGAGAUUGCCCUAGGGCGAUCGAGGCCAGCGAGAGGGUCGGAGGUGCUUUGUGGCUACGUUGCCGCGUGGCGCUGCUUCGUUGCGUUCUUCUACAAGCUUCCGAUGUCACAGCUCCGAAUCCAGGGAAGCUACAUGACAAGGCUGCUCUAGUGUUAAAGCAGAGCCUGGAGGACUGUGCAGCAUUAGGAGAUGUCGACACUCAGGCGCUUUUGCUAGUGGAAGGUUCACAAUUAAAGUCACGAAGAAAGAGAGGAGAUGACGGCUUGUCACUUUUGCAGGAAGCUGUGAGUCUGUUGUCAGGACGGACCCGCAUGCCACCGGGGUCCAGCAUGACUCUAAUUAGAGCCACUAUGCGUCUGACUAGCCUUAAAAGCACACAGAGUGGCAAACUUCUAAAUCUGACUCAUAAACUUCUGCAAAAACAGCUUUGUGAGCUUGGCGAGAAUGUUUUAUUGGAGGAUGGAAAAUGUUCUAUUUCUCCUCCUGGACCGAAGAACAUUUACCUCCCUUACCUGCAAAUGUUGGAUCAAACUUCAUAG